AUGGCUUCGGUGCAGACCGCGCGCUGGAGUGAUCCGAAGCUACGGGACUUCUGGGCCUUCGCCACCACCGUGCCGCGCAGCGCGUCGCUGGCGGCCAAGGAGUCCACACGCUUGAGAGGCGCUUGGAUCACGGAUCAGCUGGCGGUGCAAAAGGUGCACGGCUACAGCCUUUCGGCGGUGCGGAUCGUUUGUGUGGUGGCGAGCAGUGAUGAGGAGCGACAGAGGCUGGAGAGCUUCUUCGCGCGCGACCAGCGAAACAUGCGGGCGCGCUUUCGUGUCAUCGAAGAUGCCUUGGACCAGGAGCGGCGGGUGCUCUUGAAGGUGCCCUACGACACAAGUCUGGACAUCAUUUGGCACGAGUACGAGGUGCUUCAGGACUUGGCUGGGAUCCAAGGCAUCCCCAGGCUCUAUGGGGUGCCCUUCUUCUUCGAGGACUUGGGUGUGAACGCCUUAGCCACGGAGUUCAGUGGUGCCACCAGCGUACAGGAGACGCUAGGUACUCCAGUGGAUGCCUACCGUAUGGCGUGCUUCUUCUUGAAGACCCUACAGGAGGUGCAUGCGCGUGGCUGGAUCCAUGGCGAUCUCCAACCCAAGGACCUUCUUCUGGAGCCGUCCUCUGCUCUGGCCAGCUUACGACAGUCUCGCGUGGAUCAGGAGGAGGUCGCUGGCCUUCUUUGUGGCUGGUCGAGGGCUUCUCGCGGUGCAGCAGAGGAGCUGGACUUUGAACAGCUGCUGCCGUGGCUCCAAGCUGCCCCGAAGAGCGUGCCACUGGCGCGGCUUCGUGGGGCCUCGGUGUUCUCGGCCCCGGAGCAAUAUGUGAGCCUCUACACUGGUGAGGCUGAUGGGGAUUGA